AUGUACAUGUAUGUACUUGCGCAAGUGCGUCAACACCAAUCGUCUCCUGCUCUUGGUCCGUCGAUCAGCAAACACGAGAGAUUCAGCCGGCGGCGAAAGGGGCCGACUGUCGGAGGCUCGAGACUUGGUUCAAGAAGAGCCGCUCCGCUUCCAAUUGCGAUAGUAGCGGCACCAGAAGCCGAGGCCGCAGCAACACCGGAGCCUCAACCAGCAAAGGGCUCUACAUGUCAUGAGGAGCAUACGCCCUGGCAGACGCUGCGAUGCAUCAUCAAGCGGCGCCAACUCUAUGUCAAGAAUCACUUGGCCCACAGGCAGGGCUUCCGAGUCGGCUGCGCCAAGUGCGAUGAAGAACUUCUCGUGGCGCUGCCUGAGGCGUCGUCUUCCAACCUCGAGCUUUUUGAGCGGCCGUCGGCCCUGAUGCUGGCGUGCGGGCACCUCUUCUGCUACAAGUGCCUGGAGAGGGCGCGGGACAAGGACCACUUUGAAGGAAGGGCGAUGGCAUGCCCCGUCUGCGAGGCCGCCAUGGAGUGUCUGGAGUGCGGCCAUCUAGCCAGGUGGGAGCCCAUACCCAGGAUCUUUUACGGCCCCGAGGGCGUCGACGAAGUGCCCUUGACGACGCCGGAAGGAGGAGCCUCGCCGUCAAAGUGCGCGAGCUGCAUGGCGAGCGAGGCGUGGACGGCCCAAGGGGAGGAGGAAGUGGUGCGGUUGUUGAGGGAUGAGGAGCGGGAGGACUUGUGUGAUGCGGUGAAUGGUGAGGUGCGGAGGGUGCUCUGCCUGGUCAUGAACGAUAUGGAGGAGGAGGAGGAAUAUGUGGAGAUGGAUGCGGACGAUGUGAGAUGGCGCCUGUGGGAUCUGGCUGGGAAGAAUAUGCCGACUUUGUGGGAUCGGAGGAGAGACUAUGUUGCGCGUUGGGAGGGGGUGAUCAAUGUCGACGCUGUGGACAAUAUGGAGGCUGUCAACACCACGGGAGUCGUGAGCAACAUGGGAGUCGUGAACAACAUGGGAGUCGUGAGCAACAUGGGAGUCAUGAACAACAUGGGAGUCGUGAGCAACAUGGGAAUCGUGGACAACACGGGAAUCGUGAACAACACAGAAGUCAUGAACAACACAGAAGUCAUAAACGACAUGGAGGUGGCGAGUUACAUGGGAGUCAUGAAUAACAUGGAGGUGGUGAACGAUAUGGGAGCGGUGAAUAACAUGGGAACCAUUAACAACAUGGAGGUGUUGAACAGUACGGGAGCCGUGAACAACAUGGAGGUUGUAGGUUACAUGGGAGUCAUGAACACCAUGGAAGCUGUGAACAGUAUGGGAGCUGUGAACACCAUAGAAGCUGCGAACACCAUGGGAGCUGUGAACAACAUGGAGGUGGUGAAUUACAUGGGAGUCAUGAACACGGGAGUCAUGAACGACAUGGAGGUGGUGAACACUGUGGGAGUUGUGAACACCAUGGAGGUCAUGAACCAUAUGAUGAACAAUAUGGAGUUAUUACCUUAUGAAACUGAGACUGUUGGUGGCAGUCAUGAUGCGAUGCCGGCGGAAUGGAGUGGUUCGGAGUCGUUUACCGAGUUACUGGGCGACCUGGCAUGGGACGGCACGGAUAGUAUGCAGAUGAUGGGAGAGACGUGA